UUUUCAAUGGCAUUGUGGGAUAUGUUUCUUUGCCACGUUUGGAGUAACUACAUUUUAAUAAAUUUAUGCAGUUUGACAAGUUAGUGCUCUGACGUAGCAUAAUAACAUACGUUACAUAAAUACUUGGCUCAUACAUAAUUGAUUCCAUUAUCUUCCUCACUGGUAAAGGCACACACAACAGUUCACCAUGAAGGUGAAAGAAAUAAAUCGAACCGCUAACAUAGCAUGGUCACCAAAGCAGCAGCAUCCUGUGUACAUGGUGGCUGGAACAGCUGCACAACAGCUUGAUGCAACGUUCAGCACGUCGGCAGCUCUGGAACUAUACAGCCUCAACUUGGGUGAUUCUUCAUUGGACAUGCCACUUGUUGCAACUCUACCAUCAGAGUGCAGAUUCCAUAAAGUAGCUUGGGGUUGCUAUGGUGUGUCCGAUAAUCUACCAAAUGGUGUCAUUGUUGGUGGAGCUGAUGGGGGCAUACUGGCAUACAAUGCUGCCAAUUUCAUUAGUGGCAAACAGGACUGCCUCUUGUUCAAAAAAGACAAACAUACAGGAGCUGUUAAAGCCUUGGAUUUCAAUCCUUUUCAGAAUAAUUUAUUGGUUUCUGGUGGUGCAGAGUCUGAGAUCUUUAUUUGGGACAUGAACAGUCCAGACAAUCCUAUGACACCAGGUGCAAAGUCACAGCCCCCAGAGGAGGUAGCCUGUGUAAGCUGGAACCGGCAGGUGCAGCACAUCCUUGCUUCCACAUAUACCGCUCGCUGUGUGGUCUGGGACCUCCGCAAGAACGAACCCAUCAUUAAAGUCAGCGACAGCAUGUCCAGAAUAAAGAGCAAGCUAGUAUGUUGGAACCCAGAGGUGGCUACUCAGAUGUGUCUGUCGUCCGAAGAUGAUCAUGCCCCAGUUAUACAGCUCUGGGACCUUAGAUAUGCAACAUCACCUGUCAAAGUGCUAGAAAACCAUCAAAGAGGUAUACUGAGCAUGGCGUGGUGUCCCCAGGAUCCAGAUCUGCUGCUCAGUUGCGCAAAGGACAACAGAAUCCUCUGCUGGAACCCCAACAGUUCGGCACCCAAUGGCGAGGUUGUUUAUGAGAUUCCUACCAGUCACCAGUGGAGCUUUGACGUUCAGUGGUGUCCAAGGAAUCCAAAUGUCAUAUCAAGCUCAUCAUUCGACGGAAGUGUGACAUGCUUCUCACUUAUGGGCGGAGGUCAUCCAAUUCAUAAAGUUAGCAAGGUGACAGAUUCUUUCCAGUCUAAUGACCCAUUUGGUCAGGCCAUGCACCUUCAACAACAACAACACAUGGAGCAGAAUGUCAUACCUCUUCAGAAGCCUCCAAAAUGGCUGAAGAAACCUGUCGGUGCUAAUUUUGGGUUUGGAGGCAAGCUGCUGACCUUUGAGAACAUGAAGGCCCAGCCAGGUCAGGGUACAGCCAGUCGCCAGGUGACCGUGAGUCAGGUUGUUACAGAGACAGACCUGGUGACCGGUUCCCUGCAGCUAGAGCAGGCCCUCCACAACGGUCAGCAUGUGGAGUUCUGUGCCAUGAAGGCGGCCAACGCUGGGGACCAGAUGCAGGAGAGCAUCUGGAACUUCCUCACUAUAAACUUUGAGAAAGAGCCCCGGGAACGGUACAUCCAGCUGUUGGGCUUUGACAAGACAGACCUUGCCAAGAAGGUGUCUAUGCACACAAAAUCAGAUGGCCUCAAUGAGUCCAUUGGGCCAGGUGUGAAUGCAGAUGAAUUGGCUGACAAGAUGAACCGCCUUGGAACUGGGGAGGGUGUAUUCAAAGCAGGUUACUCUAGCAGUGGCCAGGCCUCCCCUAGUGUGGGUUCAAAGACGCCGGGUAGUCGAGAUGAGUUGGACAUGUCUGACACUGGCUCAGCAGCCUUCGAUGACAUCGCCAUAUCUCAGUCUCACUCUCACAAUCAGGAAGAACCCCUGAAUCUCUCUGUAGGCGAUGAUGCUGAUGGGUUGCUGUGCCAAGCCUUGCUGACUGGCAACUUUGAGGCUGCAGUGGACAUUUGUCUAAGUGAGAACAAGAUGGCGGAGGCCAUUCUCCUUGCCAUAGCGGGCGGACCUGAACUGCUCAGCAGGACUCAACAGCGAUACUUCCAACGCAAUGGAACCAAUCUGGGCAGGCUGGUAUCAGCCAUUGUGACCCAUGACUGGCGGCACAUUGUGAGCCACUGUGAGCUGGAGAACUGGAAGGAGGCCCUGGCUGUCAUCCUCACAUACUCACCGGCUGACGAGUUCCCUGACCUGUGUGAUAACCUGGCCGCACGCCUGGAGGGAGACUCCAACCUGGCUCCAUAUGCGGGCCUUUGCUACAUUUGCUCAGGGAACGUGGACAAACUUGUUGAGAACUGGUUCUCUAUCACACCCAAUAGUAGCUCCCCACUGGCCCUGCAGGAUCUAGUGGAGAAGGUGAUGUUGCUACGUAAAGCAGUUGAGUGUUCAAGAGGCUAUGCUGCUGAGAUUGGCUCUGGGGCGCUAGCGGACAAACUCAGCAACUAUGCUGGAAUACUGGCUGCCCAGGGUUGCCUGGAUACCGCUCUGCGUUACCUUGGGGACAGUUCAGAGUUUAGGUGGAUAUUUUUGCUACAAAAGAGUCACAACCUGGGGGUACUAAGAGAUCGUCUGUACCAGGCUCUGUCAGUCAUACCAGCUGGGUUGUCUGCCCCACCCUGCCCUUGGCAACCAGUUGUCAUAGCAACACAGAGGCCUGCACAGCAACAGCAGCAACAGACCAGACCUCAGACUUACCAGGGGCAGGCUAAUCAGUCUACUGUCACAAACACUGUUGGUAGUUACUCUGGUGCGCAGAACCAGUAUUCCAACCAGUAUGCAGCCAUGAAUGGCUCGGCAGUGCCCUCCUAUGGCGUCACCAACACCCAGUCUGCCCCUAGGGCCUCAGGCUCUACCUACAGUUCUGGGCAGGCAAUGACUUCUGUUCCCACCUACUCAGCCCCUAAUUCAGCUGCACCAUCGUCCCCAGUGAAUAAGGGUCCCCUUUCACAGAAGUACCCUCAAGUAUCCGGGACUUAUAGUAAUACUUCUACAGGUUACACUGCACCAGCAUCCUUCCAAGAGACAAGUGCCUACAAUCCUGUGGACUACAACCAGACCAAUUACUAUGGUGGUAAUUUUAUGACUCCAGGCAGCCAAAAUGUACCUGGCAAUAUGUACACCAACAAUUCAGGCCCCUACAUGGCCCCUCAGGCCCCAGCACCGGCCCCCAGCAACCAGCCUGCAAUGGCCUCCUUCCAAGACCACAAGCCUGAGCGCGCAUGGAAUGACCCACCCAUGGUCAUCAAGAAGGAGAAACCAAAGACUGAAGCCAUAGCACCCAUUACCAAUCCCAUAUAUGGGUCCCAACCUGAGCCCUUCACUGAUCAAGGGAACAUGCCUCCACAGAUGAACUAUGGAAACUUCUAUAAUCCACAAGAGUAUAAGCACGAACCAAAGCAAGCUCCCAUCAUGGCCACUCAGUCCUUCCCCAGCAGUAAUGACCACAUUAACAAGCCGGUCUCCCCUGAGCCCCUACAUGAAGUGGUGCCUAAGCCUCCAGUUCCGGCGGAACACAAAGUGCUGCAGGAUAUCUUUGACAGUCUUGUGCAUAACUGUCAGGCCAGAGCAAAUAACGCUCAAAUGAAAAAGAAACUUGAAGAUGUCACCAAAAAGCUAGAAAUACUGUAUGACAGAGUGAGAGAAUGUUCUCUGUCGCCAGCGGUACUCCAGGGUCUCCACCAGAUCGUCCAGUACCUGCAACAGAACGACUACAACACCAGCCUGGGUAUCUACACUCAGAUGGUCAGUCAGGGGAACUUCUCUGAGAUCAGCACAUUCAUGCCUGCUAAAAUGCUUAUCCAGUCAGCGGCGCAUCUACAAGUCUAUGUACAGUGAUCAUUGCAGGGGGCUAGAUAUAUAUAUAUACAAUUAUUAAUUAUUGACAUAUAGGGUCUUUGAAUGAAGUUAUGUUUCACCUUGGAAUGAAUUCUAUGUAAAUGAUUGUGUGCUUUUUAAAGAUUUGUAAUUGAACAUGGCAUUCACAGAUAAUUGACAUUCUGGAUGUAUAUGCAUUUAUAUAUUGAAUAAUUGCGUUUGGUUUUUUGCUUUAAGUGGCCAAUGAUUGUACCAAACAUGAAUUAGUUAGCCAGAACAAGAGCUGCAUGUUACAUUUCAUGUUUGAUUUUCCAAUAAUAGCUAUCUGAAUUGUUAAAUUUGGACUCUGUUCUUUAUAUCAGAUAAAUUGAUGUGAAUUACACAUAACUUGUGAGACACUUAUAUUCAUUGCUCUUCUCAUCCAUGAAAUGCAUCUUCAUUGAACGUUUACUGCCUUUCCUGGGGCAUCAAAAAAAAUCCACGAUUUUAAGGUAGUAUAUCCAUAAAAACCUAUAAUUUCAAACCAUCGUCUGCAUGAUUUUAGGGAUUGACAUACAAAACAAUAUGAACUUUUACUAUUAAAUGAAAACAGUUUUGUAAAUACCUAUUUGCUACAAAUUAUUUGAGCACUGGCUUGUUAAAAGGAAGCAACUGAUAUUAUUCAUACUUUUCUGAUGUUUCAUCUUUUAAUAAGGUUCACAUUGGUGGUUGUUCAACAUUUCUUAUUUUCUCUUCCUGCUUUUGUGUAUAUGUAUAUAUGUUGUUGAGUAGUUUAUACUUAUGAAAUACAUUUUAAAAGUCUAUUAAACAUAAAAGGUCUGACAAAAGUGUGUAUCUUUUAAGCAAAUUUUCAAAGUAUUUGCGUUUCAAUUUUGCUUUUCUGAAACCAUUUGAGCUGAGUUUUUAUAUUGAGAAUAAUUGAAGAUGAUACCUAAUAGUUUUUGUUCUGUUGUCUGAAGUUUAUAUAAUAUUGUAUUGUCUUUGGAGGUUAUAGGAAGUUAUUGUUCUAUUUUUAUUGUAGUAUUAAUGAAAGUAAAUACAAUUGGACACGUGGAAAUGGAUUUAAACUUAUUUAUGAUCCGUGCUCUGCGAAAACUGGGCUUAUUGAAUGUGCGUUACAUGUUGUGGAAGAUAAGCUUGGGCAGUCUGCACAGGCUUAUAAGGGAUUACACCUUCUGCCUAGACUGGAUUUUCGUUUAUAAAAGACUUCUUUUAACAGAAAUAUUUCAUAAAUUCAGAGUGUCAUCUCUGAUAAGCCUACACUGGAAGGACUCUUUAUGGACAUGAAUUAAGCCCAGGUUAUCCAGUGCGAGGGUACGUGUGUUACUGUUCAUGUUCUAUACCUACUCAGUUGCUGAUGUGUUUGUUGCUUGUAUUGUGAUGUUUUAUUUAUUUGUUAAUUGAUCCUUUUCGAAAUUUCACUUACUACAUUUCUGAUUUACUUGAGAUUCUUUUUCAUAGGUUAGUUUUCUUUUUUGCUCAAGUAUAUGGAAGAAAGUGAAUACAACCAAAUGUUAGGUUGGAUUUUGAGAUGCUCUUCUUUUAACCAGUUGUUUUUAUGCCCUCAGUAGGGUGGCAUAUAGCAUUUGAACUUUCUGUCCUUCCGUCCGUUCAAAAACUUUAACAUUGGCCAUAACUGUUGCAAUAUUGAAGAUAGCAACUUGAUAUUUGGCAUGCAUGUGUAUCUCAUGGAGCUGCACAUUUUGAGUGGUGAAAGGUCAAGGUCAUCCUUCAAGGUCAAAGGUCAAACAAACAAAUCCAAAGGAAGUAACAAGCUUUAAAGGGAGACAAUUUCUAUUUAUCAUUGGCAGGUAAAGAUCAUUUUUACAAGGGAAGUAAUAUUUUUUACAGGGAUAUACAUUUUAAUAAAAAACAAAAACAAAUCAAAGUGGGGCAGUAGGGGGCAUUGUGUUUCUGACAAACACAUCUCUUGUGUCACUAGUUUCAGUAGUUAACAUAUCAAAUAUUUAUUUAUAUUUUGUCACACUAAAAACUUAUUCAACAUCUGGAAAGAUUAUAAGCACUCCCAAGGCUAAAUUUGAUCGAAUAACACAAAAAAUACCAUAUUUAGAAAUUACCGGUAUAUUUGUAUGUCGUAGUUUGUUGUAAGUGACCCAUGGUCAGAAGAUUGGAUGCAUAGUGGUUAAAUCAUGCAUGUGAACAUCUCCUGAAUAGACUAUUUUUCUAUGAGUAUUUGUUUUCAAAGCUUGCUGUCAAUUCUCUCAAAACAAUUAUGAAUGCAUUUCUGGAAGUAAACGACUUUGUAAUUACUUUUUUCUUUGGCUAAUUUUCCCUAAAUACUUAAAUUAUAUGGUUCAAUAUUAAUCAUGAUAUAAAAUAUUUUGUAAUCUAAAAUAUAUUUACUUAUGUGCAUAAUUUGUGUGUGUCAAGCUGUUGAACUUUAAAAAAUGCUUUAUUAUUUUUACUUUAGCUUUAGUGUGUAAAGACUUAUGUUUCAACAUGAAAAUCAGAGAUGCUUAAUGAAAUUCAGUUAUGUUUAGACCUAUACUUGUAAAGUUGAGCUAGUCAAUGUAUUUAACAGUUAAAAGAAUAUGUGUUUUUUGUACAUUAUGUAUGCCUGUAACUUGAAAAGAAAUGGAAGUCAGGGGCUAUUCCUCACUACUGUGACAAACUCUAUUUUGCUAAUGAAACUUAUUGAAUUAAUUGCAUGUAGACAUAACAGUUACAUUACUAAUUAAAUGCCAUAAUUUCAUUGUAGUUAUGUGAAUCAUAAAUGUUCUUUCUUACAGCCUGCUUGUUUGUUUAUGACUUUGAAAAAUGUUCGUCUAAUGUCUAUAUUAUGAACUAUUAAGUAUGAGAUAAUAAAAUAAAUGGAAA